AUGGCGCUCGAUCCGGAGCAUGUCGACUAUCUCGGCUCGAUCUUGAGUUCCGACGAAAUCAUCUUUCCCUCGUCAUAUCGAUACCGCGCUGAAUCAUUGCCAUGGGCGGCUCAGAAAGACCAAAAGCCGGUGUUGGUGAUUCGCCCAGCAAACGUCGAAUCCUUGAGCAAGGCCUUAGCGUACCUUUCAACCACUGAUUUGGGUAUUGGCAUUCGCAGUCAAGGUGUGGGCUCAGCUUCGGCUAAGGAUGUCUUGAUUAGCUUGACAGCCUUUGAUGGCAUCGAGUUCGACCAGCAGAAUGAGACCGUCACAGUCGGCGCCGGACAGAGUUGGGGGGAGUACUAUGAGAAGAUGGACAAGAUCGCGCCGGGAUAUGCGACUGUCUCUGUGCGCACACCUUGUGUAGGCGUUGGUGGAAGUAUUCUCGGUGGUGGAUACUCCUGGCUGUCCUCGGAAUUUGGGUUGACUUCGGAUCCGGUCAAUUUGCUUGAUGCCCAGGUUGUCAAAGUCGAUGGCACCGUGUUAUGGGCGGCCGAAGAUCCUGACCUGCUCUUUGCCCUCAGAGGAGCGUAUGGCUUUGCUGUGGUUACCCAGUUCAAACUCCGAGCUCGCACGUAUCAGCAUGAGAUAUGGGGAGGUAACAUCUUCAUCCCAAGGACUCAGCUAAAAGCAGUCGUCGAAGGCAUCGUGGCCAUGGACUCGAGACCACCCAACCCCAAAGUAGCCUUCUAUCUGUUCAUGAUGCGAAAAGAACAACUAGCCUUCAUACGCGCGGAAGAAGACAUGUUGAUGAUUCAAGCGUUCGACGCAUUAGGCGCAGCGCACGGCAGAAGUCCUGGUGGCUUCAAAUGGGCGCUUGACUGUCCUGGGGCCGUCGACAAGACCAAGACCUUGAGCCUCUCAGAACUGGCCAAGUUGCAAGAGAGCAUUGGAAAGAUCAAAGGCACAGCGAACACGUGGUGGGCACCAAUGGCCCUGUCCAUCGUGGAUGAUGCAAUACUUCUUCGAGCGUUCGACUGGUAUGACAAGGCGGCGAAGUCACCUGGCACCGUUGGGGAACGUGUGGCUUUGUUCUUCGAGUUCUUCACCACACGAGACUCUUUGACCCCGGAUAUCGAGUCAGCUUGGCCACGUCCCAGAGGCUUCCAGCACAAGAUAACGAUCAGCGCUGGGACAGACAUCGCUGCGUCUGACAGAGAAGCCGAUAUGGCGAGAAGUCUUGUCCGCGACGGUGCGAAACAAGUGGUGAACUUAUCAGGUCCCAUCCAAAUUGUACCCAACGCCAUAGAGGACUUUCAUGACCCUGUCGCCCAGAUAUAUCGAGAACACUAUCCACGACUGCAAGAGUUGAAGAAGAGAUUCGACCCCGAUAACAAACUGGGAGGUCCUGUCAAGUUGACGUCGCCAGUGCGAUUUUGA